CUCUUUAAGCCCCGAGCGGGCAGGUAAUCCGCCCUCGCGCCGCGCUCCAGUGUCCAGCGUUAGAGCCGGUUGCCAUGGAGACGGGCGAAGCAGCGCGAGGCGCACCCGCGCAGGCGCCGAACCAGUGGGUGACCCCAUUCUGAAGCUGUAUUUACUGCGCGCUUUUCUCGUCGCAUCAUCAUAAGUACAAAAUAUAAUGUGGUAAAUAAAAUAAAAGUAAAAUGAAGCGGCGGACGGGUCCAGAUCGCGCCUUUAUUAUUAUUAUAUUUCAUUUCAUUUAGUCUUCAUUCUGCAUCUACGUAUGUUGCCUACAGUGAGUGCCAGGAUAGAAGCAGAUAGAGUCAAUAAAUAUAAAAUAAAUGUUGUGUCCACAUACAGGUGUCAUUUUUUCGUCGUGCGGCUUUUUAAUUUUUUUUUUACUGCAUAAAGUUUAAUUCAAAAGGAAGCCCUCUUAGGCGCGCUGCCCUCUGGGACACGUAGUUUUCCCAUUAUAAUCCGUGCACUUCCUGCUGAAAACACGGUUCCUGUGCCCGGAACUCACUGUCCCAUGAUGCCACGCGACCUGGCGCUCGCUCUCGCUCUAACACGGUGAGACUCUCCGCGGUGUCUCAGUUGGACCGCUCGCUCCGGCCCCUUCGGACGCCUUCGAGCUCACCAUGGCGGCCUUCGUCCUGUGCGGUGUGACCGUUGCGAGCCGCUCUGCCGCGCGCCUUCUGCUGCCGGUCCGCAGGACGGACACGCUGACGCUCAGCAGAACGUGGAGGAGCGCGCGGCUCGAGCCGGCGACCGGCCGUAGGUUCGUGUCUCACCUGGGCACGCGCGGCGCGGCAGGCGCGCUCGUGGCGGCGGCGGCGGUCUGCGCGGCCGCGAUCGGCCACUUUUACACGGCCGAGAUGGCGGCGAAGGUGGAGGAGAAGCUGAAGAGGAGGAAGAAGAAGGAAGACGGUGAGGAGGAGGAGGAGGAGGAGGACGUGAUGAAGAGGUGCGCGCGCUUCAUGUCGCGGCCCGUGACGGACGUCGAGGUUCUGCGGCGGAAUCCGCGCGACACGAGCACGCGCAUGGAGCUGCUCAUCAUGGAGACGCAAGCAGAGUUCUGCCGCGCGCUCGAGCACGUGGACGGCGGCACGUUCCGCGUGGACCGCUGGCAGCGCGAGGAGGGUGGCGGCGGGAUCAGCUGCGUGCUGCAGGACGGAAAGGUGUUCGAGAAGGCCGGCGUGAACGUCUCCGUCGUCUUCGGCCACCUGACCGAGGAGGCGGCCAAACAGAUGCGGAGCCGCGGCAAAGUGCUCAAGGGCAAAGAUGGGAAGCUGCCGUUCCGGGCGAUGGGCGUCAGCUCGGUGAUCCACCCCAAGAACCCCCACAUCCCCACGGUCCACUUCAACUACCGCUACUUCGAGAUCGAGGAGGCGGACGGGUCCAAGCAGUGGUGGUUCGGCGGCGGAACGGACCUCACGCCCGUGUACGUCGACGAGGCCGACGCCCUGCACUUCCACGGCACCCUGAAGGAGGCCUGCGACAAACACGACCCGCAGUAUUACAGCCGCUUCAAAGAGUGGUGCGACAGAUACUUCUACAUCCGGCACCGCGGCGAGACGCGCGGUAUCGGCGGAAUCUUCUUCGACGAUCUGGACGCGCCGAGCCGGGAGGAGGCGUUCUCCUUCGUGAGGAGCUGCGCUCGCACCGUCGUGCCCUGUUACCUGCCCAUCGUGCGCAAGCACCUGAGCGACACCUUCACGGCCCGCGAGAAAGAGUGGCAGCAGGUGCGCCGCGGCAGGUAUGUUGAGUUUAACCUGGUCUACGACAGGGGUGUCAAGUUUGGUUUGGCCACUCCUGGCUCCAGGAUCGAGAGUAUCCUCAUGUCCCUCCCUCUCACAGCCAGGUGGGAGUACAUGCAUGAACCACCCAAAGGCUCUCGGGAGGCGGAGAUGCUGGAAGUGCUGCGGAAACCCAAGGACUGGGUGUAACCAUGACAACACCUCCCGCAUCCAACUCCGCCUUCUCUGCCUCCUGUGUGCUCUCAUUGGCUUGCUCACUAACACUUGUGAUCAGGUGUGCUCUCAUUGGCUGACAGGACCCUCUGCACUCUGAUUGGCUUGUUCUGUACCUGCCCUUGUUGCCCGUUUCACUCGAAAGUGCUCUGUGUGGAACCUUGACCGAGUCGGACACCGAUUUACUGCUCAGGUUUUUGUACUUAUUUCAUAUGUAGUUCAUGAAAUUAUUAAAGAUUGCUUUAAUUUCCUA